ACCUGGAUUGGAGGAUAUGAUGCUGUUCAGGCAAAUGUGAUAAAGGACAGGCUGUGGUUCUGGAGUGACGGCUCCAAAUUUGAUCACCAGAGCUGGGCGAAAAAUGAGCCCAAUAACUAUAACGGUGCCAGAGAGCCAUGCAUUCAGAUGAACUUUGGAGGUGAACACCGCUGGAACGAUGAAUUAUGUGGAAAGAGCUAUCCCUCUGUGUGCUCCAUAAGAACCUGUUCAAUCCGUCAAACUAUCAACUGAAACCAAAUAUACUACUCCGUGGUGUCAGCAUCCUAACUUAAAAAUGUUCAUGGUCAAGUCAAAUACUUUGUGAAGAUUAUUUGUUGCUGUAAAAUGAACGUUUUAGUUACUUGUUGCAUACAUAAAUGUUGAGUAAUGAUUUUGUGGUUAGGUGUCAAUAAAACAGGUGUACACAUUA